AUCAUGCACUUUCAUCGGAAGCAUCACCAUGCUGGGCCGCAGUCUCUACUGGGAUCUAUUCGCUUGCAGUUCUGGCCCAUCGGCGGCAUGAAAACUGUUGCUCGAGCGUUGCGGAAAUGCAUCAUCUGCUGCAGGUCCAGACCUCGUCUUGUGGAACACAUAAUGGCUGACCUACCGAAGGAUCGAGUGCAGGAUUCGCCUGCAUUCAGCGUCACUGAUGCAGUUCAUAAUCAUUGCAUCAACAAUGGCUUCAAUUGGAAGUUUAUCCCGCCUCGCUCACCCCACUUCGGGGGCUUGUGGGAGGCAGCAGUGAAGAUGGCCAAGCAGCAUUUAUAUCGCUCCCUGGGAUCGUCACUCUUUGGUUUUGACGAGCUGCGGACAUUGGUCUGCCAAAUCCAGGCUGUAAUAAAUUCUCGUCCUCUUCUCGCAAUUUCAGAAAACCCUGAAGAUCUUGGCGUCCUUACACCAGGACAUUUUCUAAUUGGUCGUCCGCUGAUGGAGUUUCCCGAGCCAGAUGUUACAAAUCUGAACUUUAACAGACUAGAUUGCUGGCAAAGAGUCGCCUGUGCUCAGCAGAUCUUUUGGAAGCGUUGGAGUGAGGAGUAUUUGACUCUGCUACAACAACGUGCCAAAUGGCGCACACCGCAGCCAUCGAUCCAAGUCAACGACAUCGUCUGUAUAAAGGACGAAAACUUGCCGCCGUUGAAGUGGCCAUUAGCACGGGUGAUCGACAUCAUCGCUGGAGCUGAUGGCACUGUGCGAGUUGCCGUCCUGAGAACACCGUCUGGAACCACUCGUCGAGCUGUCAACAAGCUGUGCGUCCUACCCGUUGAGGAUCCUGUUAAAAGCCCUAGUCUUUCAACGGGGGGAGUAUGUUCGGAGCAGCAGCCGAUAAUAGUUCUUCUUAAUAUCAUAUAGUCAUACAUCAUCUCUUAUACUGCUUAUACUUGUCGCUCUCUCAGUACGCUCCCGUACACACGCACAUAUGCUAGUACUGCUUAUAGUGCAUUGCUUCGCCCUGUUCUCGGUUCAGUCCAAAGAUUCGUCGAACGCAUCGCAUCGAGUCGUAGUUCACGGCCACGGCCUCAAACCAUUUGUAACCCGUCGUGAAAAUAAAACCCAUUUGUAAACUUAACCAACGGAGUAAAUU